GGGAGCGAGCCCGGGACGCGGCCGCUGCGAGCGGGGCCCGGCCAGGCGGCGGCGGCUGCGGCAGGACCGUGCGGCCGCCGCCAUGUCGCGCUGCGGAGAGGAUGUCGUAAGUGAGGAGAGUGAAGAGGAAAGCAAUGGAGUCAACUUGAUGGAAUUCUCAGAUGAGAUCCUUCUGCACAUCCUCAGCUAUGUCCCUUGCACAGACUUGGUCCUCAAUGUCAGGAGAACCUGCAGGAAACUUGCAACACUUUGCCUUGACAAGAGUCUAACACAUACAGUCCUGCUUCAGAAGGAUUAUAAGGUGAACAAAGACAAGGUGAAGCAGCUGAUGAGGGACAUUGGGAAGGAGAUCUACCAGCUGAACAUGGCCGGGUGCUACUGGCUGCCCAGCUCCACCAUCGACCACGUAACACGGUGCAAGAACCUGGUGAAGCUGAACCUGUCGGGGUGCCACGUCACCUCGCUGCGGCUCUCCAAGAUGCUCUCCUCGCUGCAGCACCUGCGCUCCCUGGCCAUCGACGUGAACCCCGGCUUUGAUGCCAGCCAGCUGAGCAGCGAGUGCAAAGCCACCCUCAGCCGCGUCUCGGAGCUGAAGCAAACCCUCUACACACCCUCCUAUGGUGUCGUGCCAUGCUGCACCAGCCUUGAGAAACUGCUGCUCUACUUUGAGAUCCUCGACCGCUCGCGGGAGGGGUUUAUGCUCUCUGGGCAGCUGAUGGUGGGCGAGAGCAACGUGCCCCAUUACCAGAACCUCCGCAUCUUCUACGCCAGGCUGGCUCCUGGCUAUGUCAAUCAGGAGGUGGUGAGGCUGUACUUGGCAGUGCUGAGUGAUCGGACACCUGAGAACCUCCACGCCUUCCUCAUCUCUGCCCCCGGCAGCUUUGCAGAGACGGGAGCCACCAAAAACCUCCUGGACUCCAUGGCCCGAAAUGUACGUCUGGAUGCUUUACAACUGCCCAAAGCCUGGAUUAACGGCUCUGGGCUCCUGCAACACUUGAAGUUCAACAACCCUUUCUACUUCAGCUUUAGCCGAUGCACCUUAUCUGGUGGGCACCUGAUCCAGAGGGUCAUUAAUGGUGGGAAGGAUCUUAAAAGCCUGACCAGUUUGAACCUCAGUGGCUGCGUUCACUGCCUGGCCCCGGAGUCCUUGUUUCGGAAAGCAGAAGAUGACAUCGACAGCAGCAUUUUGGAAAGUCUGGUAGUGUCUUGCUGCAACCUGAGACACCUGAACCUCUCUGCAGCUCACCAUCACAGCUCUGAAAGCAUAGGGAACCACCUGUGCCAGCUCCUGUCCAGGCUAAAGCACCUGCUCUCAUUAGCACUACCAGUUUGCUCCAUCACAGAUGUUGGUGCAAGUGUGGAGAAGCCUCCCAGCACACCUAAUUUGGUGCCCCAAACAUUUGGAAGGAAAGUUCGGAUUGGGGUACAGACAAAUCAGAAGAUUGAGUCCUCAGUGUUUUGGGCUCUAAUGGGAAGCCUCAGACUUUUGGAAACAUUGGAGAUAAUUGGGUCCAGUUUCUCCUCUGCCAUGCCCCGCAACGAGCCAGCAAUUCGGAACUCGUUGCCUCCCUGCGUCCGGGCACAGAGCGUGGGGGAUUCAGAGGUGGCUGCCAUUAGCCAAUUGACUUACCUGCAGAGCCUCACCUUAGCACAGCUGCCAAAUAUUCUCACGGGCUCUGGGCUCGUCAACAUCGGGCUGCAGUGCCAGCACCUGCGGACUCUUUCCUUGGCCAACCUGGGCAUGAUGGGCAAGGUGGUCUAUAUGUCUGCUCUCAUGGACAUGCUGAAACACUGCAAAUGUUUGAGAGAUCUCAGGCUGGAACAGCCCUACUUCUGUGCGGGCGCCCAGUUCUUCCAGGCACUGAGUCACUGCUCCUCUCUCCAGCGCCUUUGCAUCGUCUCCCGGAGCGGGACUCUGCAGUCUGACGCAGUGAUGUCAUUCAUGGCCAGCUGCCUUGAGGUCAUCAUGUGCCACAUGUUUAUGGGAGAGUCUCUUACCGUUUGCAAAAAUCUCCAGCAGUCCAUUGUCCGGAGUUUCCAGGCAGAACGCCCUGCAUUAAACGUCGUCAUUUUCCCUCUGCUUCACGAGGACUUGACAGAGGUCAUCAGAGAUGUCCCCAUGAGGCACUUGGAUGAAAUUACCUUGUUUAAAAGCAGAGUGGCUGAGGAACCUCCCAAUUUGUGGUGGUGACUGCCACAGCAUGGAAAGGACAAGUCAGUGUGAACCCAUGGAGCAGCUUCUUGUUGGCCUGGAUUUCCCAUCCUUGACUCCUGGCCACCUCACUGGAUGCUGUACAAUCACUUCAACCAGGUGCAAUUGCAAAAUAAAAAAAAGCUGGUUCUUUACAGUGGGGAAACAUCUAUUGGAUAUUGCUUGCAUCUGAAAAUCCUGUCUCAAAGGCUUGUGGAAUCUGAUGAGUAUUUCCUUGCGGUUAAUAUGAAUUGUUUUUGUUAUUUUACUGAAGUUAAAGGUAAGAGAAACUGACUUAACAAUGCUCUUUCCCCUGUGUCCCCUGGUGUCUGUCCCAAGGGCCCCUGUGUACGUUGGCAGUGUGCUUUGUGGUUUUGGUGGAAAUCAUUCUUUGCUUCAGUCUGUUUUUGGCAAAGUAGAAAGCCUAGGCCAGCUCAGAGGCACAAAAAUGUGUUGCUCAAUUGAAGUGCAUCACAUCUUUUCUAUGUUACAAAUAGGCAUUUGUAGUCACACACGUGCAGUCACAGAUAUUUAAAGGUUUUUUUUUUUUUGACUGAGAAGUACCACAAGGACUCUAUUUUUUAAUAGCAAAUUAAGGUCAUUAACACCUUGACCAUGGUAUGUUCCUGCUGGUGCUGUUUCCAUUGGUCUGGUGGAAGAAGUUCUCAGCUCUUCUGGAAAUCCUUGUCCUAGGGUAGAUGGUGCCUACAGUGAAUAAGUUGAGGCUCAGAUCUGAUUUAUAUGCAGUCUGUCUUGCAGUGUAGAUGGGAAUGUAGUGUUCCAGUUCUGUCCUUAUAUCCCAUGCCUUGAGCUCAUGCUAAUUUUAGAGAUGUUAUGAAGUAUUUUCACAGUGUGAUUUCAGUCAGCUUCUCUGCUGCACAGAACUUCCUCAGGCAUCGGUAGUGGUCUGGAUCACUUUCAUAUUGCCUUAUUUACUGAGCACUUUUAAAAGCAUCAGACAGCUGUACCAAAAGCCAAGUUACAAAUUCCUGGAGCUACAAGUCUGGGUGGCAGAAUUUUCCUUGGUAGCAUACCAGGUCUGUCUUCUGCAAAGCAGCUGCUGACCAGAGCUGUCUAACUUCACCCAAACCCCGAAUGUCUUGAGCUCUGCUCUUCUGGGGAGGCCCAGAGUCGUCCAAAGAUGAUGUGCCCAUCUCCUUGUCAGCAUUUCCUACUCGAGAUGCCCUCUCCCAAAUGCUCUUCUGCCCUCAGUGUUCAGAGGAAGCCUGGUCUGAUGGGAUAGAUUUGAGAACAAAAUGCAUCUCCCAGCCUUGGAGGACUUUCUGUCCUUGAUUUCCAAUCAGCCACGUGUGAGCCUGCCUGGAAUUGUGUCCCACAGGUGUAAAUCUUGAGCCAGGCUUUGACAGCCCUUGUGCUCAGAGAGGUUACAGUACAGAGCAGGUGAGUGUCAGGCUCUGCUAGCACAGGUCUGUGCCUUGCUGAGACCAGCCCUGGUGGUUUGCUGUCUUUCCCGAGGCUCUCAUCCUUCCCCUCUGAGGACAGGGAGCCAGCACAGCCUCUGGAGUGCAGCAGGAAUGUGAGGCCAGCUCCAUGCAGCUGACUGUGAGGAGCUGCUGCCCUGCUCCUGCCAGUUUUCCCUCCCACUCUCCCCCCGAGGUCGUUCUUUCUACCUCUUGUCAUAUUACUCCAAUUUGAAUCCUCUUCUCCCUCUCUUCUCUCCCUCUCUGCAGCACAUCAGAUGUGCUUUUUGGCAGGAGCACGAGCUGCUGCUCUGUCCAGUUCAGGCCACCUCAGCUCUGCCUGGUUUUUGGCCGUGUUUUUCUCCUGGGAUAACUGGCAGGACUGGGCAGAGGGUGUUUGCAAAGCUGCGUUCUCCUCCUUGUUGGAAGCACUUGCCUUGUCCUGCUUGUGCCACUGGCCUCGGGGCAGAGGGAAGGUGGAGGGUGUGGCAGGAGCUCUCUGGUGCCUUAGGGAACCUGUUCAGUCCUGUGAAGGAAUCCUGAUGUUUGGUUGAGUGAGGCCAUUCCCACCCUCAGCGGGGAUUUCCCCUGCACAAACAGCUGUGGCACCAGCAGGAGCUGGGCAGUGUUGCCAGCUCACCUCUUCCUGUUCCUCUGGAAAACCUGGGCUGGGGGACAGUGCUGUGCAGAAACCAGCUGCUGCUUGAUUCUGGUGUGAAACCUUUGCUCUUGGGCUUGCAAUCACCUGGUGGAACAUGCUGUGCACUUGGCUUGGCACAUCCAUAUCCACCUGCCUGGUGUGCUGCUGGAUGGGAGCAGCAGCCAGGGAUGUUUUAUGUGCUGCUGUUCUCUUGCCAGGGGUAUGAUGUUUGGGCAUCUGUAGUCGUGCAAGUGGGUCACAAGUCCUGAUGAUGCUGCCAGUUAUAAGCAGGGCUGGGAAAGGUCACUCACAGGUGAUAAAGGCAGCAUCCCAAAUAGUAAUAAAGAGCUGAAAUCACCUUCCACCCCCAGCUCCCCAACUCCGGGCCAGUGCUUGAUAUCUCUACUACAAAUCCUCUUAUGGUGAGUGAGAAUUUCCGCUGCUUUUGCACUCCAGGCAGGAUUCACCAGAUGUUAAUAAUGUGCUUAUUUUCUCUAAGUGCUAUUUUGGCAUCGGUGUUAAUUACAAUUUAUAUUCUGCAACAUUUACACUGGGAAAAGAACCCACCCUAAUAGUACCCAAUUGGCAGAGCUGGGCUAUUAAACACAGCUCCAUAUGUUCUGAGCAGAGCAGUGCAUGGGACUCAGAGCCCACUCAGCACUCAGGCAGGCAGCUGUAGAGGAAGAGAGGGGAGCAGAGAGAGGGGUGUUCUGCUCCUGGAUUUUAUUUAAUAUGAAAUCCCCCCUCCUUUUCUCUGUCCCCGUCUCUCCAGAAAUCUCCCUCCUGCUAUCUGGGAGCAUUUAAGGAGGUGAUCUCUGAGCCUGCUGAUGCUGCUGUCCAUAGUGUGAAACAAAUGAAUUCAAUUCCAGAAGGUGCCCUUCUCACAGGGAGUGCCUCUGCAGGAUCCCAGUCCCUGGUGGCUUUUCCUUGCUGCCUUCCAAAGCAGACCUCCAGUCUUUGGGAACUGCAGCAGAAAUCUUUGCUUUGACCACCCCCAAAAUGUCCAUGGUUCUGUGGGAGAAGGAUGUUCUGGGACAGGUCUGUUCUUGUGUAAAACUCAAUGUAGAUUGCUGCUCUGCUCAUGUCCAAAGUCUUGUUUGGCAAAGUGGCAUUUGGUUCCUGCAGGCUGGGAGGGUCUGGAGUGACCCUGGUGUGGGGAAUUCAGAGGGGUUAAGUCAUCUUCGUUCCUGUGGGUUUUUUGGGAGUGUAGGUUAAAGGAUUGCUUCCUCAGCUGUUUGCAAAGCUGAUUUCAUGGUCUCUUUAGGAAAUGGCAGUGUAUGCACUGCUCUGUUAGGAGAAGGGGCUGUGUGGUGGCAGUGUCUCCCUUCAGGACAGCUCUGACUGUGGUCACUGCUCUGUCAGGGAGAAGGAGAUGGGAGUGAGAGGAGGCAGGGCAGGAUGGAGUCAUGGAUCUCCCUCUGGAAGCCAGAGACACAUCCUGAGCUUGGCCUGUUUGCUCACUUGUGGAAGGGGAGGAGGCUCCUCAGGUGCUGAACCCUCCCCUCCAGGUGAGGUGUUGCUCACAGGGUAGCAGAGGGCAGACCUGGGGCUGGUGUGCACUGAGAGCAGCAAACCCACAGCCCCCCUCACUGGGGUUGAAUUCCCAUCACUGCCUCCUCCUCUGCAGGACCUGUCCCCUCACAGGGAUGUUCAGAGCUGUGGGACAAUGGGCAGGUGUGUGGGGCCAUCCCUGUGAGGUGCUGGUUUAGGAUGGGGCUGUAGAACUUUGGGACUUUCCCCUGUGGAGUGAACCAGUGCAGAAGGAUUGUUUUACCUGUCUAAGGGGGAUGCAGUUCCCUCUUGGCUGGUCCCAGCAGAGUGUCCAAAGCUGGGAGAGCAGUGCAGGAGCUGUGCUGGGUGAUGCAGAGCCCAGUCUCCUUCCACUGCAGCUCUCCUGCCUCUUUGAGAUGCACAGGCAGCCAGGGUACUCCAGCAGGAGAAUCAUUUCCAUAGAAACCAAUUGGGAUGUUGUACAGGGAAUAAUGAUUAAUAGUGAAGGGAUGUUGCCUCAGGCCCUUUUCAUUUUUAAGGGGGCAGUGAGGGACAAACUGGGGCACAGGUAGGGGGACAGGGAGACUUGAAAACUAAUGGAAACCAUCUCUUCCAUUAAUUUCCAGGGCAGCUUCCCCUCUUCUCCUCCUACCCAGCCCCCCACUGCUGCUCCCAGCUUUCGUCAAAUUUUCAAAAUGGCUAACCUGGUUAGAAAUAAUCAUAAUAAUAAAAAAGGAUGGAUGAGGUCUGACUACUAACAUUGUUGCUGUUAGCAGCAGGAUUUCAGCCAUAAAACAUGAAGCAAGGGAGGCAUUGACCUUUCCGCUGUUUGAAAUGAAUGGAGACAUCAAUAUCUAUUGUUUUGUGGCAUUGACCUCUGACGCUCUCAGCUCGCCCUCCCCUUUCUUUUUUUUUUAAUUUCCCCCUGACACUGGAGGAAAGGGGUCAGUCUGUACCAUCUAUUGAUCCCCAUCUUACUUGGUGAUAGGGAAAUAAUUAGAAUUUUAAAGAUCUCUGCUGCACGCUGGUGAAAUACACACACAGAGGCACAGGCUGAGCCCCCGCUUGCCAUGUUGUGUUCUCCCCCCUUCCUUGCAGAGAUCCAAAGCUCUGAGAUCUGAAGGAAGGCAGAUCAAUAUAGGUUUAAUCAUGAUGGGGGUUUUAUUUCAGUUUUUUAAAUAGUAAAGUGUAACAUUUUAUGUUAAUGUUGUUGGAGCCUGGCUGCCUGGUGCCUUGUUUUAUUUAUUCUUUUAAGUAGCCCCUUCUUUUGUGAACUUCAUCUAUGUACAGAGAAUGUGAAAUCAGGCAUUGCUAAUUAGCUGUAUGACAAUUAAGUAAUGUAGCACAAAACCAUUAGGACACUGGAUUUGUUUUUGAAGUUUGUCCUUUGAAGUGGAAGCUGCAACUCCCUGCCCAAGGCUGCUGGGGAAAAUGUUUUUCUAUCAAAACUUUCUUUGAAAAUAAAAUGUCAGUGUAAGAGUCCCUAUUUCUGUCGUCUCUCCCUCUAAACAGCAGGUGGAAAUUGUUUCUCCUUGUAAAAACUGCUGGCAUUGAUAGAAAGGGGAGUUCAGGAAAGCAUUAAAUGGGCAGUUGGUCUCCAAACACCCUCAGUUCUGGUAGAGAUAUUACCAAAAAUUCUUCUUUAGCUCCUUGAAAGGGAACGGUGCCACGCUAGGAGAGAAGACCCAGCUCCCAACUCUGGAGAUGGCAAAGGGAGGUGGUCCUAAAGCUGGGGGUUCAUCUCUGACACCCCAAGUGCCACCAGGGUGGCAGCCUGGUCACAGAUCCCUGCAGGCUCCUGGGCUCGGGCUCCUCCAUCCGCUCGUUUGACUCUUGUGUUUGCAUCUGGCCCUUUGUCCUCGUGGUGAGUCCAGUUCUGAAUGUGCAACUUUCAUGUACGCUGGUGGCAUGUAAAACUUCAAAUAAAGAGUGGAACAUU